AUGGGUGCAGGGGAAGAGAGGAGCACAGGGCUCACCUUAGCUGGCGGCGAGGUGCGGUGGCGGCAGCGGCGAAGCAGCCUGAGCCCACACGGGUUAGGGCUCGGGUUCCAAAGCAAUGGCGGCCACGGCGGCGGCUUGGAAGCUCAGGGACUACAGCAGGGAGUUGCUGGAGGCCAAAGGGAUACCUCGAGUGCGGCCCCGAGCGGCGGCGGCGCGGGGAGGAGAAGUCGCGAGUCCACCUCGGCCCGAGCGGGUCUGGGGCGGUCGCGGCUGGCCGAGGCGGCGGGGCGGCCGGCAGGGGCGGCGNUAGAGACCGAGGCGGCGGCGCUAAAGGCGUGCGGCAGUGGCGACGACCCCUUCGGCCGGGGGCAGGGUGCCGAAGGGUCUCAGGGUUGUCGCCGGUGCGGCACGAGGUGGCGGUGGCAGCGCGGAGUGGAGGCGGCGGCUCAGCUCGGCCCCCAGCUCAGCCCGGCUUGCAAGGCCCAAGCGGCGUGGCGGCGGCGCUCGGGGCGGUUGAGACCGGCGACGGAGGUCACCUGGGCUCCAGGGAAGGCAGCAGGGCAGGGCGAAGGCGGCGGCUGCGCGCGGCUAGGAGGCUAG